UGUAAUACAUUUCAUAACACUUGCAAUAUUAAAAUUUUGUUAUUUUUUAUUUAAAAAAUGUCAAUUUUAUUAUUAUUUAUGACAUUGUUUGCAUUUGCAAACAGUCAACGCUAUGAUCUUUACGAUGAAGUGAAAAACUCGCGAAACUUUACCGGAAAGGUAGCUCUGGUUACCGGUUCGGCCACUGGUAUCGGUGCUGAAAUUAUCCAACUGUAUUCAGCUCUCGGAGCCAGUGUUGUCGUUACCGGUCGUAAAGCCGAUGACGUACACAAAACAGCACUUAUAGUUCAACAGUUGUCACCAAAACAUUUAAAACCAUUGGAAAUAACAGCAGAUCUGACAAAAAGUGAUGAAUUGGAGAACUUGUUGACUGAAACUAUCAAAACUUACAGUAAAAUUGAUAUACUGGUCAACAAUGCCGGUAUAUAUCAAAAGGGAAACAUAACUGAUCCAAAAUUUUUGGAGACAUUAGACAGAUCUAUUGCCAUUGAUAUCAGAGCUAAUCUACAACUGAUACACCUAUCGGUGCCUUACCUACAAAAGACAAAGGGCACUGUUAUCAAUUUAUCGGACGUACAGAUUAAUCGACCGCAAAAAGACUAUCUCGGCUAUCAAAUUGCCAAAUCAUCGGCCGAUAUGGCCACUCAAGUUUUGGCUAUUGAACUGGGCAUUUUAGGGAUACGGGUUAAUGCGGUCAGUCCUGGUAUUAUUGAAUCGCAUCCAUUGGAUCAGGGAUUGUAUAAUAAGACCGUUAGUCAUACACCACUUGGACGAGUGGGUCAGUCAGCAGAUAUCGCCAAAGCCGUAAUAUUUUUGUCGUCAACCGAUGCCUCGUUCAUAACGGGACACAAUCUGGUGGUCGACGGAGGACUCAAAUAUGGUCUCGACUCACAAUUUCUUAGUGAUCUUAACUUAUAA